AAUCCCAAAUUCCAAAGAAAUCCCAAUUUAAUUCAACCUUCAAAUUCUCAAACAUCUUUAAAAAAUCAUUUUGAAGUACCCUUGUUAUAUGAACUCUUAAAACCUACCUUUUUCUUUUCUCCCCCAAAUUUGUGUUGAGUUGUUUUAUCUUUUUUCCUUUUUCCAAUGGCUGCUGCUGCUGCACUCAGAUCGAAACCACCAGUUGAAACAGCCUCUUUAACGGUCUCUCAGUUCAGGCACUUCCUAUAUAAUUUCAUGCACUAUGGUCGAAUGGCUAGCUCCUCUCACUGUACCAGUACCAAAUGGGAAAACCACUCCGUCAACACUCCUUAUUACUUCACUUCUUUCAAGCCCGUCUCGCUGUGCGGAGAACUCGUCGAGAAGGGCUCCCAGUUAUUGGAUAUUAGGGGGAAUUCCCGCGGUAUGAAUAAGGAUUUCGAUAGAGAGUUGAAAGAUAAAUUGAGUUGUAGUAAUUUUACGGUGUUGAGUUCUUACGGGGACCCACCGGAGGUUUGGCAGUCACCUGGGGAUGGGAUUGCGAUUCGGGUUAGUGGGGUGAAUUUGGGCCGUGGAGGAGGAGGAGCGAGCUCGGGCUCUGAAGGUGGGUUUGGCUCGGGUUCAAAGGAUGAUUGUUGGGGAGGAUCUAAUAUGGGGCCUAAUUUUCCGACUCCCAAAGCGAUUUCCAAAGCAUUGGAUAAGUUUGUGAUUGGGCAGGAGAGGGCAAAGAAGGUUCUAUCUGUUGCGGUUUACAACCACUAUAUGAGAAUCUACCAUGAGUCCUUACAGAAACGGCCUGCAGGAGAUUCAGGUAGCAGUAUAACAGAUGCAUUAGAUUAUGAUAGAGUGGAACUGGAGAAAAGUAAUAUUCUAUUAUUGGGACCAACAGGGUCAGGGAAAACAUUACUUGCCAAAACCUUGGCUCGCUUUGUAAAUGUUCCUUUUGUUAUUGCGGAUGCGACUUCCUUGACUCAGGCAGGAUAUGUAGGUGAAGAUGUUGAAUCUAUAUUAUACAAGCUCCUUGUGGCCACUGACUAUAAUGUUGCAGCUGCACAGCAGGGCAUUGUUUACAUUGACGAAGUUGAUAAAAUUACCAAAAAGGCAGAGAGCCUUAACAUUAGCAGGGACGUGUCUGGGGAGGGUGUUCAGCAGGCAUUAUUAAAGAUGCUGGAAGGAACAAUUGUUAAUGUUCCUGAGAAGGGAGCUCGAAAGCAUCCAAGAGGUGAAAAUAUUCAGAUCGACACAAAAAAUAUACUCUUCAUAUGUGGGGGUGCCUUUAUAGACAUUGAGAAAUCAAUCUCUGAAAGACGACAAGAUUCUUCUAUCGGUUUUGGAGCUCCAGUGCGUGCAAACAUGAGAAUUGGUGGUGUUACAAAUGCUGUUGUAGCGUCAUCUUUAAUGGAAAAUGUUGAAAGUAGUGAUCUAAUUGCAUAUGGUUUGAUACCGGAAUUUGUUGGACGAUUUCCUGUUCUUGUCAGUUUAUUGGCUCUAACAGAAGAACAACUUGUUCAGGUCCUAACAGAGCCAAAAAAUGCACUAGGCAAGCAAUACAAAAAGAUGUUCCAAAUGAAUAAUGUCAAACUACACAUUACAGAAAAUGCUUUGAAAUUAAUUGCCAGAAAAGCAAUAACUAAAAAUACAGGUGCUCGAGGCUUAAGAGCCAUCUUGGAAAAUAUCUUGAUGGAUGCCAUGUAUGAGAUACCAGAUGUUAGGAUCGGUAAUGAUGUGAUAGAUGCAGUAGUAGUCGACGAGGAAGCCAUUGGAUCCGAAGGCCGAGGACAUGGAGCUAGGAUUCUUUAUGGUAAAGGUGCAUUAGACAGUUACCUUUCACACAAAAAAUUGAAGGACUCGGAGACAACCGCGGAUGGUGAGCCAGAGGUGGAACCGGAGCUUCCUUCAGUUGUUGCCAGUAUGUGAUAAAUAUAUAUAUAUAUUGAUGAAAUUAGAGAUGUAACUCAAUUGUACAUAAAAAGCUCGCAUUGAGUUGAA